AUGGAAGGAGUAUAUUUGGAUGAAAAAGGGGACCUGGCAGCUGACUUUGACAUCAUGUACUGGGUGAAGUUUCCCAAUCGAUCUGUUAUCAAAGUGAACAUUGGGAGUUUGGAAAGAGAGGGAUGCUCGGAAGCCAAAUUUAGGCUCACAAUGGACCAGAAGGCAAUCAUGAGGUCCAUGCAGGUCAACAAGCCCCUGCCAAGGUCUCGGUGUGUGGAUAGCUGCCUGCUUGGGUUUGUCAAGCUGAUUGAUGAAGACAAACCGGUUUGCUGCUAUAGUUGUAUUCCUUGUGCAGAAGGGACCAUCUCCACUCAGGAAGAUGCCAAACAUUGUUUGAGAUGCCCCAAGGACCAGCAACCCAACAAGAACCGAGAUCAGUGUGUUCCUAAGGUGAUAACCUUCCUAUCCUACUCAGAAGAUCUGGGGACCAUCCUUACUUCCUUUGCUUUACUUUUCUCUUUGAGCACAGGCUUUGUUUUAAGCAUAUUUAUUAAGCACCUGGACACUCCAAUAGUCAAAGCCAACAACCGGGGCCUUUCCUACCUGCUCCUCAUUUCCCUCCUGCUUUCCUUCUUGUCUUCCUUCCUCUUCAUCGGCCAGCCAAGGAAAACCACCUGCCUUCUGAGACAAGCAGUCUUCAGCAUCAUUUUUUCAGUGGCCGUCUCUUCUCUCUUGGCCAAAACCAUCAUGGUGGUGUUGGCCUUCCUAGCCACCAAACCAGGAAAUACUGUGAGAAGAUGGCUGGGGAAAUCUUUGGGCAACUCCAUUGUUCUUUCUUGCUCUGUUGUCCAAGUUACAAUCUGUGCUAUGUGGUUGAGCACCUCUCCCCCCUUCCCAGACUCAGAUAUGUAUUCCCAGUCUGGAGAGAUUGUCCUGCAGUGCAACGAAGGAUCAGUCACCAUGUUUUACACCGCACUUUGCUACAUGGGCUUCCUGGCAGCUGUUUGUUUAGUGGUAGCUUUCCUGGCCAGGAGAUUGCCUGGGGCCUUCAAUGAAGCCAAGCUGAUCACCUUCAGCAUGCUGGUCUUCUGUAGUGUUUGGAUCUCCUUUGUGCCCACCUACCUCAGCACCAAGGGCAAAUAUAUGGUGGCUGUGCAGGUCUUCUCCAUCUUGGUCUCCAAUGCUGGGCUGCUGGGCUGCAUCUUUUUCCCCAAGUGCUACAUUAUCCUUUUUCGACCUGAUUUGAAUACAAAGGAGCAGCUUAUUCUGAAAAGCAAAACAGAAACAUGA